UUUUCUGGCCCUUUUAUAAAGUAAUCCAUCCUUGAGGGCAGAACUCUUGUUUAAGCAGUUCCCAGAAAGCCCCUGGCUGAUACUAAGGCUACAAUGGGGAUUCAGUUUCAACAGGAAUUUUGGAAGGGACACAUUGAAACGCAAACACCUGCCCGCAGGAAGCUUACAGUUUGGUGGGGGGACAGAGUAGCCUUUUGUUGCUGGUUACUUUUGCUAAACAAGGAAGCAAACAGGAUGUGAAAGAGGCUCCCACAGCCCUCAAAGACCUCAUCACUGACCGAGCUCUCAGGGGACAGGUUUCUGAGCUGGGACCCGGAUGACAAGAAGGGGAAGAGAGUGCCAGAUGAAGGGAGCCACCUGUGCCAAGGCCCUAGGGUAGAAAGCAGCCUGGUGGGGUCACUGGGUAACAGGAAGACGGGAGGAUCAGGGUGCUGCUGGGAGGCUUGGGCAGGAUCUGCAGACUUUGGAAAGGGGUGACAACUUUGUCCUAAAUGCAGUCGGAAAUUGGAUGGGAUCUCUCUGGCUGCUGUGUGCAGAGUUGGGCAGGGGCUCCGAGGAGAAAUUGUGGAGGACAGGCGGGACUGAGAGCCUUUGCAUGAAGGACCUGGGUUCCUUUUGGAGGCACCAGGGGUCAGAAGACGGGAGGGAAUGAAGGCCCUGCCUGGGCUUAGCCUACCAGGCUCUGGCUCAGGGCCAAGGUCACGUCGGCACCUGCCAAGGGCCUAUGUCUCGAGUAUACAUGGUGGUUCCUGUCCUAGCGAAGGAAGUAGGCACAAGCCGAGGGGCAUGCCUCACCCGUGCUGUCCUGCCUUCUGCCAGCCCUGCUGCACACUCUAGCAGGGGACUUUGUUCAGCUGCCCGUGCCUAUCAUCCAGCAGCUCUACCACUGGGACUGCGGCCUGGCCUGCUCCAGGAUGGUGUUGCGGUACCUGGGUCAGCUGGACGAUGGCGAGUUUGAGAGCGCCCUGCAGGAGCUGCGGCUGACCAGGAGCAUCUGGACCAUAGACUUGGCCUACCUGAUGCGCCACUUCGGCGUGAGGCACCGCUUCUGCACCCAGACUCUGGGCGUGGACAAGGGCUACAAGAACCAGUCCUUCUACAGGAAGCACUUUGACACAGAGGAGACCCGGGUGAACCAGCUGUUUGCACAGGCGAAAGCCUGCAAGGUGCUCGUGGAGAAAUGUGCUGUGAGCAUUCAGGAUAUCCAGGCACACCUGGCCCAGGGCCACGUGGCCAUCGUGCUGGUGAACUCGGGGGUGCUGCACUGCGACCUGUGCUCCAGCCCCGUCAAGUACUGCUGCUUCGCCCCCAGCGGCCACCGCUGCUUCUGCCGCACCCCCGACUACCAGGGCCACUUCAUCGUGCUGCGCGGCUACAGCCGGGCCACCAGCUGCAUCUUCUACAACAACCCAGCCUACGCCGACCGAAUGUGCAGCACCAGCAUCAGUAAUUUUGAAGAGGCCAGAACCAGCUACGGCACGGAUGAGGACAUCCUCUUUGUCUAUCUGGACAGCUGACAGCAGGAGCCUGGUGUGCCCAGGCUCUUGGAUCCCUCCCCCUCUGCCCCUAGCAAGGCCCACUCAGGAGCUGACAAAGCCCCAGGGAACUCUGGGAGACCAGCACAGCUGCCUCAUCUGCCAGCAUUGUGUGUUGUCAUGCCACUACCCGAAGCACCUGCUUCCAAGGUGAGCCACACCCCGGAACUCCAAGCCUGACUCCAGCGGUGCCCAACGGAAGUCCAGCCCCAAGAGCGUCCUUGUUGACUUUGAGUGGGACCCCAGGCAAGGGGAAGAGGCCUGAAUCGGACUCCCACUCCCCACAGACCUUGGGACCAAGCCCUGGAGAGAGAGAGACCAUGUGGCUGGUGCUGAUUAUCAGGACAGCACCUCUGGGGUUGGGGAGCACAGCCAGCCUCUGGCUCCAGGCGCCCGGAGGUGCUGCAGACCCCACGUGCCCUACGGUGCGUGCCAUCACCGCCUCAUCCCACCCCCUUCUAGGCCCGAUCACCGUGGCUGGUUGCCAGGUCGCCUAGCCUCUGCCACAGUGUAGACACAUCUCACAGCCACCCCACCCUGCAGAGCCCUGGUGCCUGGGGGCUUGGAGGCCUCCUGCAGCCCUCUAAGGAGUCCAGCCCUAUCCAGUAGAGGGUCCUCUUGGCGGGGGCCCGAUGGCCGGCGACACAGAGUGUGCUUAGGGCUCAGGGGGCCUCCUGACACCAGCCAGGAUGCUGGCGGCAGGACCCAUCUUCUGGGUGCAGGGUGCUAGGCCUGCACUCCUGCGGCAGCAGCAGGGGCAGCCCUUGGCUUCCCCGCUGCCACUGCCACCCUGGUCCUGAUGCCAGGACUUUCUGCAUGGAGUGCUGGGUCUGUCAUCACACAGCGCAGCAAGUACCACAACUGGAGCUGUUUCCUUUUUUUUUUUUUUUUUUUUUUUUUUGGUUUGGGGUUUGUGUGUGUGUGUGUGUGUGUUUGUUUUUUUGUUUUUUUUUUUUUUUUUUUUAGAUAUAAGUUUUUUCUUCCAGAGGGUGAGAAAUCGCUUUCACGUCAGAUAAUAAUAGUGAGAUUGCAGGUACUUUGGAGCCCCUAGCACCUCUCUCAUGGGACGGGGUCAGCCAGCCCAGGUCUGUUCUCAAAGAGAGGAGGUCUCACCUUUGGGAGGAGGAAGUAUCUGUCUGCACCCCGGGUCUUGGUCUUUUGGUGCUGGAGGCAUGAUGUGGUGGUCACGGCUGCCUGCUGGCCAUCGCGGUGGUUCUCGGGCAGUGAGAGGCUCUGCCUGCCAGGGCUGUGAGCCCCCGCACCCCCCACCCCCCAGCCCUAUUAACUCCUUGGCAACAGCCUUUGCUGGCUGGGCAGCCACCCUGUGUUUCUGAGACUCACGUUGGCUUCAGACUGGUCUCAUUUUUGUUGCCUUAAUACACCAGGUGGCCCAGGGUGCCAGGGAGCUCUGGCUACGAGCCUGAGAGUCCCACACACAUCUGCUGUGGGGCGUGGGCGUCCUCAGGAGAGGUCUGGGUCGAAUGGCAAGCAGAGCUGAAUGAAGAGAACCAACAGGAGGACACGAAACUCAGGCCAGCCAGGUGCAAACGAGGCAUAGGGCAGAGAGCUGGUGGGGCUGUCCCAGGGAGCGGCCUCCACGGACACUGGUCACAGGCACUUAGCAUGUCAGCCCUGAGCCUGGAGGAUGGCUUCUCAGUGCACGCUAGGAGAUGCCUGGCCGUCCACAAGACUCAUCUCCCUGGGCUGAGUCCCCAACACCGCGUCAUGAAAAUGGGCUGGAGAAACAGCCUGGACGGCAGGGGCUUUGGCCCACGGCACACAGCACCCACCACUGAUCCACCCGGGGGUCCCAGCACGACCUCCAAAGCUACACAGGACAGCGGCUUUCUAGCCACAGGGGGACGAAAGGGAUCUUUUGCAUUGCAGAGAUUUUAUACAUAAAUAUAUUUUGUUUGUAAUGAGCCAUUCUCAAUAAAUAUUCUCACUGCACAAAA